GAGGAUGGGGAGCUGCUCACAAAUCAUUUCUCUGAAGAGGAGGUUUGGAAUGUGGUCAAGAGAUGCAGGGGCGACAAAGCCCCCGGACCGGACGGGUUCUCCCUGGCCUUUUUUAAAAAACAUUGGAACCUGAUUAAGGUUGAUCUGCUGAAAGGUUUCGAGGACUUCUAUCACAGUGGGAAAAUUCCCAAAUCUUUAGCCCAUUCUUUUGUUUGUCUCAUCCCCAAGAAAGACGCCGUUGAAGACAUCAAGGACUUUCGUCCGAUUAGUCUCUUGGGGAGUGUAAACAAGCUGAUCUCGAAGACUAUUACAGAACGCCUUAGACCGACUUUGAUGAAGGCUAUCUCUGGGAAUCAGUUUGGCGGUAUAAAAGGUAGGCAGAUUCAUGAAGCUUCUUUGAUUGCAAAUGAGUUAAUCGACAGCAGGAAGAAAAGUGGAAAACCGGGUCUGGUGUUCAAAUUAGAUAUUGAAAAAGCUUUUGACAACGUCAACUGGAACUGUCUAUUCAAGAUCUUGAAUCGUUUGCGCCUUCCGGAUCGGCUGAUCUCUUGGAUCAAAGGGUUAGUUACUUCUCCGAUCCUCUCUGUUCUUGUUAACGGAGAAGCUGCUGGUUUUUUCAAUAUCAGGAAGGGCCUUCGCCAAGGGGAUCCCAUGUCUCCCUUUCUCUUUCUGCUUGUGAUGGAUAUCCUCUCUGUCAUGUUGGAAACUUUGAGAUCGGAGGGUUUGAUCUCUGGGUUCUUUAUGAAUGAAGCAUCUGAAGAGGGAGAGGUGACUCACCUUAUGUAUGCCGACGACACCAUCAUAUUUUGUGAUGCGAAUGAAGACCAGGUUCUGAACCUCCUAUCAACUCUUGUGUGCUUUCAAUCUGUGACCGGAUUACGAAUUAACGUGGAGAAGAGUGUGAUGUUCCCUGUUGGCAAUUUUGGUAAUCCGGAUGUUUUUGCGAGAAUUUUUGGGUGCGGUUGGAAUUUUCUGCCUACUAUUUACCUUGGUGCCCCCCUCGGAGCUAGCCCAAAUUCCUCAGCGAUUUGGAACAAGGUGCUGUCCAGAUUUCAGUCGAGACUUGAGGGUUGGAGGGGAAAAUUUCUGUCGCUAGGUGGCCGGAUUGUCCUUUGUAAAAGCAGCCUUACAAGUCAGCCUUUAUAUUUAUUCUCCCUAUUAAAAGCCCCGAAAACCACGAUUCAGAAGAUGGAGAGAUUGGAAUGCAGGUUCAUUUGGGCAGGUGUCCAAGAUAAAAGCAAAUAUCAUCUUGUGCGAUGGGAUGUGUGCAAAUCGACCAAGGAAAGAGGCGGUUUGGGUAUCCUUGAUCUCGGUUGUAUGAACUCUGCCUUGCUGUGUAAAUGGUUUUGGAAAUAUGCCUCGGAACCAUCUUCUUGGUGGCGUAAUCUUAUCGAUGUCAAGUAUCCUCGAACUUCUUCCGAGUGGAGGGCUGGGAAUGGCGUAGGUCCGAUUGGUUGCUCUAUUUGGAGAUGCAUUAUGAAGGAAGAAAAUAUGUUUUGGAAGUUUGCUUCUGUUAGCCCGGGUGGCGGGGCUUGGGUGUCUUUUUGGAAUGACUGCUGGAUCCCGGGGAAGAUGCUGAAAGAUUCCUAUCCUAGGGUUGCGGCUGCAUCCUCUAACCGGGAUGCUUGGGUGUCUGAUCUCAUAUCCUUUGAUAAUGAGCGUGUGGUGUGGGAUUUUCCUUUAAUGUACUCUCUAAGGGGUGGGGCUGAUCGUGAGAGGAAUGAUCUCUUGAAUUUGUUAUCUCUUUUACCCCAUGAUUUGAUUAAUGCAGGUCCGGCCAAGCUGAUUUGGAACCCCAGUCCAAAGGAUGGUUUUUCGGUGAACUCCAUGUAUCGUGCCCUGAUUCAUGAUAGAUUGGUGGGCCUCGACAAGUUUCCGUUCAAGGUGGUGUGGCAACCGCACGUUCCGUCUAAGAUGUGUCCUUUGCAAAGAGGCUGAAGAAAGCACCAACCAUCUCCUCUGUCAAUGCCGAUACAGCAGCAGCAUUUGGUGCCUCCUCCAGCAGUUGUUUGGGUUCUUGGGGCCUUUCCCCGACUGCUUUGCUUCUAUUAUACACUGCUGGUCUCCUCGCAGUCAGCUCCCCUGGAUGAGUUCCUUGGCGGCGUGUAUCCUGCACGCUUUUGCCUGGGAGCUUUGGAAGGAAAGGAACAACAGAAGCUUCCAUGAUAAAAGGUGUGGGUGGCAGGUGGUUUUUCAUAAGACUUGCAGGACUUUACUAAGCUGGGUGAGGGUGACGGGCACUCUAAGUGACUCGCAGAGCGCCGAGUGGUUGUCUCUGGCGCAUAUUUUGUGCCCUCUGCAGAUCCGAAGUGACUCUCGUAUGGACGCGACCUCUUCUUCUCCUCCCUUGACAGCAUCGUGAUUCCUCCCGGUCUAUAGUUGGUUCCUUUGUUUAUUUGUUUCCUUUGCUUUUUUGUUUCCUUCUGCUUACUGCGGUUGGGGCGUCCUGGCCCCUUCGCAGAUUUUCUUUUCUUGUUCCUUGGCGGAUCUUCUUGAUCCGUCGGUUGUAAACUUUCUUGUUUGUGGUUUUUUUAAUGCAUCAAUCUCCAUUAUAAAAAAAAAA